AGGGGUCCACGAGAGCACAAGAUCGUUUUCUCCACCGUUACUAGUGGCGUAGCUGGCUGUCGCCUUCAUCGAAGAGACAACUGGGGUUUCCUUUUCGGAUCCCUUUAUCCUCUUAUCGAUCCUAUUAAGAGAUAAAAAGGCAGCACAAUUCAAGGGAACACAAUCUGAUUGCUCCUUUCCCAGAUCCGAUUCCUCUUCCCACUUACGAAGGCCUCCCUCCCAAUUUAACGUGCGUUCGCAGUGUCUCUCUCUCGCUCUCAAUCGCUCUGCGUUUUUAAUUUUUGUUUUUAUAUCAGCGAUCGCGGAUUAAACAUCUGAUAAGCUCAGAGCGUUGAGAGGAUGGGGAGAGGAAAGUUCAAGGGCAAGCCCACUGGUCGCCGCCAUUUCUCCACCCCUGAAGAGAUCGCUUCUGGUUCAUCUGCUCGUCCUCGUACAUUUAAACGGGUAGAAACUGAAGAGGAAGAGCAAAAGAGAUCUGAUGAAGAAUCGGAAGGGGAGUCUGAGGAAGAACCUGAAAAGCGUAAAGGCACUCAAGGUAUCAUUGAGAUUCAGAACCCUAAUUUGGUGAAGCCAAAGACCUUGAAAGCUAGUGAUGCUGAUGUUGAGAAAACAACUGAGCUCUCAAGACGUGAAAGAGAAGAGAUAGAGAGACAGAAAGCUCAUGAAAGAUACAUGAGGCUGCAAGAACAAGGGAAAACAGAACAAGCAAAGAAAGAUUUAGAGCGAUUGGCACUUAUACGACAGCAAAGGGCGGAGGCUGCCAAAAAACGAGAAGAAGAAAAAGCAGCCAAGGAAAAAACGAAGACUGAAGCUCGCAAAUGAACAUUCUUGAAACAUGUUUUCCCUUGUGGUGGUAGCACAGCAGAAUAUUUACGUUUUCAGUUGGGUUACAAGGACGGACCAUACCCAUAAUUAUCCCCAUGCUCGCAAUUGUAGGAAUCCCAUUACUUCUGUUUUCCUACUUUUGACUGUUUAUGUAUUGUCUUUUAGAAAUUAUUAGUUGUUAAUCAAUAUAUAAAUUAAAAAAUAUAAAA